CAGUGUCCCUUUGGGCGGGUGUUGUGCUGGCUCUGUCAGCCGAGCAUGGCCCCGGCUGCAGGACAACCCCGCUGGCGCCGCCGUCCUGCCGGGGCCGGAGUUGGGGGGAUGUCCUUGGCCUUCCCUGUGGGCCGGAGGCAAAUCCCCUGCCUGUCCUUCUUGCUUCCUGCCCCAGGCCCUGAGCUGAGGACGGAGAGCCCGGAGGACAAAUCCCCCCGUGAGACCCUGGUGGGAGAGGCCGUUUUGAAGGGCUCCCCGGCGCAGGAAGGCAGCGGGGAGGAAAAGGGCCGGAGAUCCCCCCGCAGGAGGGGCUCCAAAGCCAUCCCAGGGUGCUCUGAGGAGGAAAGAGCCAGCCUGUGCCGGGAAGGCAGCUGGAGCUUGAGGGGGAGCUCUGACCUGGUGGUCCCUGAUCAGCCUCCCAGCAGGGAGAAGCCCUUCAAGUGCUUGGAAUGUGGGAAGAGCUUCACCCACAGCUCUAGCCUCAUCCGCCACCAGCACAUCCACUUUGGGGAAUGGCCCUACUCAUGUGGGGAAUGUGGGAAAAGCUUCAGGGACAGCUUCAACCUGAUCCAGCACCAGCACAUCCACACUGGGGAACGACCGUACACAUGUGGGGAAUGUGGGAAGAGCUUCAGCCAGAGCUCCACCCUCUGCACCCACAAGCGCAUCCACACUGGGAAACAGCCCUAUGUGUGUGGGGAAUGUGGGAAGGGCUUCUUGCACAGCUCCAGCCUCCACAUCCACCAGCUCAUCCACACCGGUGAACGACCCUACAAGUGCUCGGAAUGUGGGAAGAGGUUUCAGACCAGCCACCGUCUCCUCGUGCACCAGCGGACGCACACGGAUGAGAGGCCCUUCCGCUGCACUGACUGUGGGAAGGGCUUCAAGCACAACUCCACCCUCGUCACCCACCAGCGCAUCCACAGCGGGGAGAGGCCCUACAAGUGUGGGGAGUGUGGGAAGAGCUUUACCCGGAGCUCUAACUUGACCAGACACCAGCGGACCCACCACAGGGAGAAGCCCUUCAGGUGCUCGGAAUGUGUGAAAAGCUUCAGGACAAGCACCAACCUCCUCAGCCACCAGCACAUCCACACUGGGGAACGGCCCUACAUAUGUAGGGAAUGUUUGAAGAGCUUCAGGAACAGCUCACACCUCUAUAUCCACCAGCGAAUUCACACCGGGGAACGGCCCUACAAGUGUGGGGAAUGUGGGAAGAGCUUCAACCAGAGCUCCAACCUCCGCGCCCACCAGCGCAUCCACACUGGAGAACGGCCCUACAAGUGCUUGGAAUGUGGGAAGAGGUUUCAGACCAGCUCAGAUCUCCUCGUGCACCAGCGGACGCACACGGAUGAGAGGCCCUUCCGCUGCACCGACUGCGGGAAGGGCUUCAAGCAGAACUCCACCCUCGUCAGGCACCGGCGCAUCCACACCGGGGAGAGGCCCUACAAGUGUGGGGAGUGUGGGAAGAGCUUCACCCAGAGCUGUAAGUUGACCAGACACCAACGGACCCAUCACAGAGAAAAGCCCUUCAGAUGCUUGGAAUGUGGAAAGAGCUUCAGGCAGAGCUGUGACCUCCUCAAGCACCAGCACAUCCACACUGGGGCACGACCCUACUCAUGUGGGGAAUGUGGGAAGAGCUUCAGGGACAGCUCCACCCUCCGCACCCACCAACGCAUCCACACUGGAGAACGGCCCUACAAGUGUGGGGAGUGUGGGAAGAGGUGUCGGACCAGCUCAGAUCUCGUCGUGCACCAGCGGACGCACACAGAUGAGAGGCCCUUCCGCUGCACCGACUGUGGGAAGGGCUUCAAGCAGAACUCCCACCUUGUCACCCACCGGCGCAUCCACACCGGGGAGAGGCCCUACAAGUGUGGGGAGUGUGGGAAGAGCUUUAGCCACAGCUCCCACCUGAUCCGGCACAAGCACAUCCACACAGAAGAACAGCUCGAAGAAGGGAAGCCCUUCAGGUGCUUGGAAUGUGGGAAGAGCUUCAGUCAGAGCUCUCACGUGCUCCGACACCAGGACAUGCACACUGGGGCACGUCCCUACACGUGUGGAGAAUGUGGGAAGAGCUUCAGCCAGAACUACCACCUCCGCACCCACCAGCGCAUCCACAGCGGGGAACGGCCGUACACAUGUGAGGAAUGUGGGAAGAGCUUCAACCGGAGCUUUCACCUUCGUUCCCACCAGCACAUCCACACUGGAGAAUGUCCUUACACGUGUAGGGAAUGUGGGAAGAGCUUCAGUCACAGCUCCACCCUCCGCAAACACCAUCGCAUCCACACUGGGGAACGGCCCUACAAGUGCUUGGAAUGUGGGAAGAGGUUUCCAACCAGGGGCAAUCUCUACACGCAUGAGCGGACGCACAGGGAUGAGAGGCCCUUCUGCUGCACCGACUGCGGGAAACGGUUCAAGGAGAAAUCCCAUCUUGUCACCCACCGGCGCAUCCACACCGGGGAGAGGCCCUACAAGUGUGGGGAGUGUGGGAAGAGAUUCACCCAGAGCUCUGCCUUGACCAAACACCAACGGACCCACCGCAGAGAGAAGCCCUUCAGGUGCUUGGAAUGUGGGAAGAGCUUCAGUUACAGCUCCAACCUCCGCACCCACCAGCACAUCCACAGUUGUGAACGUCCCUACUCUUGUGGGGAAUGUGGGAAGAGCUUUAGGCAGAGCUCCCACCUCCACACCCAUCGGCGCAUCCACACUGGGGAACGGCCCUACUCUUGUGGGGAAUGUGGGAAGAGCUUCAGGGAAAACUCCAAACUCCUCAUCCACCAGCGCAUCCACACUGGAGAACGACCCUACAAGUGUGGGGAAUGUGGGAAGAGCUUCCGCCGGAGCUCCCACCUCCGCACCCACCAGCACAUCCACACCAGGAAGAGGCCCUACAAGUGUGGAGAAUGCGGGAAGAGCUUCAGUGACAGCUCCUACCUCCCCAUUCACCAACGCAUCCACACCGGGGAACGGCCCUACAAGUGUGGGGAUUGUGGGAAGAGGUUUAGGACCACCUCACAUCUCCUCACACAUGAGCGGACGCACACAGAUGAGAGGCCCUUCCGCUGCACCGACUGUGGGAAGGGCUUCAAGUACAACUUUCACCUCAGCACCCACUGCCGUGUCCACACCGGUGAGAGGCCCUACAAGUGUGGGGAGUGUGGGAAGAGCUUCCCCCACAGUUCUACCCUAACCAAACACCAACAAACCCACUGCAGAGAGAAGCCCUUCAGGUGCUUGGAAUGUGGGAAGAGCUUCAGUCAGAGCUCUCACGUGCUCCGACACCAGGACAUGCACACUGGGGCACGUCCCUACACGUGUGGAGAAUGUGGGAAGAGCUUCAGCCAGAACUACCACCUCCGCACCCACCAGCGCAUCCACAGCGGGGAACGGCCCUACAAGUGUGAGGAAUGUGGGAAGAGCUUCAGCCGGAGGUACCACCUCCGCACCCACCAGCGCAUCCACAGUGGGGAACGGCCGUACACAUGUGAGGAAUGUGGGAAGAGCUUCAACCGGAGCUUUCACCUUCAUUCCCACCAGCACAUCCACACUGGAGAAUGUCCUUACACGUGUAGGGAAUGUGGGAAGAGCUUCAGUCAUAGCUCCACCCUCCGCAAACACCAUCGCAUCCACACUGGGGAACGGCCCUACAAGUGCUUGGAAUGUGGGAAGAGGUUUCCAACCAGGGGGAAUCUCUACACGCAUGAGCGGACGCACACGGAUGAGAGGCCCUUCUGCUGCACCGACUGCGGGAAACGGUUCAAGGAGAAAUCCCAUCUUGUCACCCACCGGCGCAUCCACACCGGGGAGUGUGGGAAGAGAUUCACCCAGAUCGGUGUCUUGACCAAACACCAACGGACCCACCAGUAA